AGGACCUCCUACAUAAAGCUGCUUAAAAUUUGAAUUUCGUCUGCAACGGACAUGAUUGUUACUCUUUUUUCACGUCUUACUCUUAUGUUCGGAAUAGGAUUUAUAAUAAGCAUAUAUAAAGAUACAUGUUGAUCUACACGCAAAAAUUUAGCACAUUCUUAGUGUCUGUCCUGUGAUGUUCGUUCUUCGAGUUGCCGAUAACGCUGUAUGCUUUUACUCUUUCAGUGGUUUCUCCCUGAACAAAUCAAUCCCAAAAGAUGAUUGGCGUCCUUCUUGGCAUUUCGGAGUUGGACGACCCGCGGAAGCGGGCCGAGCAGAUCCUCCGCUUCGACAAAACCCGGCUGAAAAAGCAGAUUCUGCAGACAAAAACCGUCAUCGUCCACAUGGACCUGGACUGUUUCUACGUCGCUGUUGAACGGCGUUUGAAUCCCAUGCUCCGCGGCAAGCCGGUGGGCCUGUGUCAGUGGUCCCAGCAGCACGCGAGCUUUCACAACUUGCACUACACGCAGGACCGCCUGAUUGACACAUUCGGGGCAAGUACCGGAGGUGGUCCUAAAGGCGGGGGGAAAGGAGGCCCGGGUGGACACAACGCGGGGAUCAUUGCUCUGUCGUAUGAAGCCAAGGCGGCCGGUGUGAAGCGCGGCAUGUUCCUGCAGGAUGCGCUCCGGGUUUGCCCGGAUAUGCUUUUUGUCGGGAUUCCGACCAAAUUUGGCAAAGCGGACACCAGCUUCUACAAGGACGCCGGCAGCGAGGUGAUGGGCGUGCUCGGGGAGUACGGGGGGACGGAACGAGUUUCCAUUGACGAAGCGUAUUUGGACGUCACAGCAAGAUCCGCCGAGGGCUUCGACGAGUGGGUGAAGCGGACGUCGGGGGACAUUUUGGCCAGCGACGCGGCGGAUAGGGCGGAGGCAAAUGCAACUGAAAUUGUUGGGGAGCCGGUUGAGGCCAGCAAAGUGAAAGAUGAAGCUCGUCUUGAAUUGGGUGCUGGUACUACUAGUACAACUGGUGCAUCAACAGCAUCGCGUUCCUCUUGGCACUCUAGACGCGACCACAUAGCUGCGCUGCGAGAGGAGCUGCGGCGCGACUUUGAGGCGUUCUGCGAGCUGUGUCUAACGGAAGAUCGACUUGCGGUGCACGGCGUUCCGUUUUUCUCCGACUUGAAAUACAGCAAGGAGGCGCGCCAGGCCGCGCCAGGGCUUCUGCUGCUAAAAGAUAACAAGAUUGGGGAUUUACACAAGGCUGGUGCUGCAGGUGGGCGACAAAUUGGCGCAUCUUUGGCGGCGACCGCUGCAUCAAGCACGAACACGAAGGAAGAGCAAUGCGAAGUCAAGGUAUCUACAACUACAUUCGAGGCAGCUGAUCUGAAAGCUGCCAGCCCGCGUUUGAAAAAAGUCAAGAUAGAUGCGGAAAAAGUAGUGCCCGACGUCAAGAAACAAGCUGCAGACGACAGCGACGAUGACCUAAUCAUGUUCGACGAGCAGGGCAAGCGUGUGGACAUCGAAUCUAUGACAGCAGUUGGUAAAAUAAAGUCGUCCGGAGUUCCACCGCCAUCCAACCCGAAACUUGCGAAAACUGAAGCGCAAACGGAUACGACUCACAAGAACGCGAGUAGAUCUAAUGGUGCGCCGAAACCGGCGCAGCAAAAGAGUUCGCCGCUCCCCGCAGAUCAGGACCAAGCUUUUUUCGAGGAGCUUUUCGAGUUCUACAAACUGGUGAACAGCAUGCGCAUCUGCUUCGAGAUUCAGGAGCGGGUGAAGAAACAACUCCAGCUGUCCUGCUCGCUGGGCGUCGCCAAUACCAAGUGCGUGUCGAAGAUUGCGAGCGGCAAGCACAAGCCCUACAAGCUCUCCCUCGUGUUCCCCCUCGGUACGCCGGAGUUCCUGAACCCCCUGCCGAUCAAAGAUCUUCGCGGGUACGGCCAGAAGUUGGGCAAGGAGAUCUGCCAGAAGCUCAGCGUCGCGACCGUCGGGGAGGUGUUCGCUAAGAAGAUGCGAGUGCUGGACGAGAAGCUGACCCACAAGGUCGCGCAGGAGCUGGGCGACGCCUGUCACGGGAUCGACGAUAACCCGGUCUGCGCACGGCUGCUGUCGAAGAUCGUGGGGACGAGCAAGCGGUGGCACACGCCACAGUACCUAUGAAAUGCAAAUAUGUCCUCUGGGUCUGGAAGAUUCUUACUUUUUUCAUGCAUGUCUGACAUGACUCGAGAAUCUGUGAUGCAUGGGCAGGAAAGGACUCUCCUUUCUGUCAUGCAAAAACGCAGUUUCUCAUGCGGAAUACGCAACACAUAGCAACUCAAAAAUUUGUCAUGCUGGGCUGCGUAUUGCAGUCCGGCUAUCAUCCACUUUUUGCAUCAGAUGUUUCCAGACCCAGACAUUUUUGUAUUUGAUAGUACCUGGUGGACAGCAACUUACGAGGCUGGAUGGACACACUGCUGGCGGAUUUCGUGGAAAAGGUCGCGAAGGAGAAAACAAACCACAAGCGCAAGCCCCUGCAGGCCGUGGUUUCCUGGAAGAACGUGGCCGGGAACGACGUAUCGAAGACGAUUGCCGUCGAAAAGCUGACGAAAGAGUUUCUGUUGUCUGAUCUGCUGAAGGGCAGGGACCCGAUUCUCAACCUCGGGUUCACGGCGCAGCGCUGGGUCUGUCUCGAAACCGGGGAAGCGUUUAAAGAGGAAGGAGGCCCUGCUGGAGGCCCGUCGGCGCACGACGAAAGUCUCUUUGUCGAGCGCAAGUGCCCAAGAAUUGGCAGUCUUUUGAACAACCACGGUUUCAAGACUCGCACAACGAGCUGUUGAGUCAAGUGAUCAGGACGAAUGUUUGAGAACAGCCGUUGAGCUACAGAUGAAGCUCUUUAUUUUGUCCAUUCCUUUGUCCCAUUUCAAAGACGAGACACGAUCAUCCCCGUGGAGUGCAAGCUCACGAUCAACGCAAGAUGCGCCAUCAAGUUGAGUUUUAAAACACAAGGAGCAUUAAGUGACCGCCGCUCGCAAGGAAGGGCGAGGGUUGUAGGUGACGAAGGG